AUGGAAGGCGAAGAUAUAAGUACCCAUAAGGAUCAUUACAAGGUUUUAGAAAUUGAUUACGAUGCAACUGAUGAGAAGAUUCGAUUGAAUUACAGAAAGCUUGCACUGAAGUGGCAUCCUGACAAACACGGGGGUGAUACUGCUGUUACUGCAAAAUUUCAAGAGAUUAAUGAAGCUUACAAAGUAUUAAGUGAUCCAGACAAAAGACUGGACUAUGAUUUGAAUGGAAACUAUGAGAUUGACAAGUAUACUUUGCGGGAAUAUCUUUCGAGAUUUAAGGGGAUGAUACUUACCAGUAAUGGGCUUGGUAUUAGUCACACUUCAAUUUGGUCACAGCCGCUGAUGGAACACAAUAAGUUUAAAGAAAAACGUGGUUCAGAAUGA